AUGGCGACGUCGCGAGCGCCGGACGCGUGUCGGGUCCUGGUGGUGGGCGCCGGCCUGACGGGCAGUUUGUGCGCCUGCCUUCUCAGGAGGACCUUUCGGGACAAAGUCGACCUCGUCGUGUGGGACAAAGCUCGCGGAACAGGAGGAAGGAUGUCCACGUACCGCCCUCCCGACCCUUCGUACCAACCCGUCGACCUGGGAGCUCAGUACGUCACGGCCACCCGCGAGUACGCUCGCGCGCACCACAGUUUCUACUCCGAGUUGCUGGCGGCGGGGGUCCUGCGCCCCCUGGACUGCGCGGUGGAAGGUUUGCGGGCCAAAGAGGGCGCCGUCGACUACGUGGCGCCGCUGGGCAUGGGCGCCGUGGUCAAACACUUCCUGAAGCAGUCAGGAGCCCGCGUCUUCCUGGAACAUCACCUGAGCGGCGUGUAUCGCCGCGGCGCUUCGUGGGAAGUGCGCAGGAAGGAAGGCGGCGACGGCCAAAGCUUCGACGCGCUCCUCUUGACCAUCCCCGUGCCCCAGAUUCUGCAGCUCCAAGGCGACCUAAAGGACGUUUUAUCCGACCGGCAGAAGCAGCUGUUGCAGGGCGUGUCGUACUCGUCGCGUUUCGCGCUGGCGCUCUUCUUUGCUCCCGGGACCGACUUGGGCGUGCCCUGGGCCGUGCGCUACUUCAACAACUACAACGAGGACGACGGCGGCGGCGGCGAGCCCAGAAUUGUUUGCUACGCCGCCGUGGAGCCUCGCAAACGCGCCGCAGAGGAGGAGGCGGGCCGCGGGCCGGCGUUGGUCGUCCACACCGGCGCGCCCUUCGGCCUGCGCCACCUCGAGAGCGACGCCGAGGCGGUGCGACCCGUCGUCUUGCGAGAACUGCGACGGCUCCUGCCGGAUCUGCCUGAGCCCGUCGCCGUCAAGUGCCACAAGUGGCGCUAUUCGCAGGUUGCGAGCGCGGCGGACGGGUGCCCGGGUCACAUGGUGCUGUCGGACCGCCCCCCGCUGGUAUUGGCGGGCGACGCCUUCACGCACUCCAACUUUGACGGCUGCGUGGCGUCGGCGCUCAGCGCGCUCGCCGCCCUGGGGAACCUCGUCUGA